AGGUCCGCACUGAGAGAUGCAGCGAGAGCGGUCGACCUCGUCGGACGACGACAAUCCCACUCUCACGCCCCACAAGAGGCAUCGCGGGGGCGCCCGCCCGCGGGUUGUAUACUCCAAGUCGUACAAACUCCAAGUCGUGCGCGAAGCGCUGACGAAGGACCCGCGAGCGAGGAUCAAGCCGACUUGCCACAACCACCCUGGCGUGGGUCCGGCGCAGCUCAGGAAGUGGAUCAAAAAGAAGGACACCCUCGAGGUUCAGGCGAGGCUGGAGCGGCAGGUGCUCAAAUGUCGCGACGACCGCGAGUACCUUCGCACCGUCGCGCUGACUGGGCUCGAGACGCGAGGCGGCGGCGGCGGUGGAGUUUCCGAGCCCCAGGCUGCUCCUCUCCCGUCGCGACGGGCGGCCGCCGCAGUGACGCCGCAAAAGCUCGGGGCCCACUCCUGCAUGCCUGUCGCCCUGGCCACCACUGCUGCUGCACCAUCCGCUUCGGCGCCCUGGCACGUGGUGCAGGCGUUUCCGUACCCGAUGAUGCCGUCGCCGCAGCUGGCGCCUGUGCAUGCGCCUCUGCUGGCUCCAACGAGGGCGGCCUGGAUGAUGCCCCAGAUGGCGGCGCGGCCCACCCCCUCCGACAUGCUGGAGCAGAUCAUCAUGCCGUACCCGCUUCACCACCAGCUCGAACUUCCUGACCCCGCCGACGAGAUCCCCCUCGCGGCGGCCGUCGUCGAGUACCCGUUCCCCAGCCAGCUCCCCGCCGUGCGCGCCUGAAGAGCACGCGCGAGGCCGAGAGCAGCGCG